GUACAAUAUUAAAAUAAAUAGCAUUUACCUGAAGAUUGACAUUCAAGCCAUUCUUGUGUCUCAUUCUCGUGGAACAGAUUUGAACGCGUCUCCUCCCUCUUUUUCGUGUCUCCCUGUCAGCCCCGCACUGAAGUUCCCCGAUCAACUGAGGCCACAAUUGAGAUCCAAACACGUCAGGCGAGGACACCAAACAGCCACCAAACCAUUGAAAACUCUAGUGUCCUAGAUAUGGAAAAAAGAGAGGAACAAAAGUCCAGGCAAGCAAAACGAAAAUCGAUUGUAAAAGUGAAAACCAUACCGACCGUUGCUGAGAUGUGAAAGUUCAACACUUUUGUCGUCGUCAGCAUUCUUGUCAUCGUUGUGACCUUCCGCGUCGGAGCUGCUGUUGAUGGACCUCGACCAGAGAGAACGGAAAGAAUAGACAAAAAUCAACUAUUUUGCUCGGCCCUUCUCUGCGAGCGAACUUUCGUCAAUCACUUAGGGUAAAACCAAUGAUCCUUGCAUCUGGUCCUCCAUGGGAGGAUUCUCACCAUCGUUGCCGCUGAUUUUUUCCCAACGGCAUGAGUCGAAGAGAGAGGAAGAAACGAAAAGAUUGGGAUCUGGAUGAGAGUGGGAAAGCAAGGAGACAGUAAAAAGGACUGAUGGGAUGGAGAGAUUAUUUUGUGGAAGAAAAGCAGCAGCGGGCCAAAGGGGUUGUAAAUGUAACGCACAAAAGGGGCCAAAACUUCUUUCAAAAGCAUGGGAACCAGAGAGGACAACUCUUCACCCAAUGCAGAGUGGGGUUGUUGCUGAAUCAAUACAAUCAAUGGCUGGUGCCGUGUCCAAUCAGCUGUGAUGGAUGGGAAGGUGGUGUGUCCAAAGAGCUCUCUGCAAAAGCGGCAAGGGCGGUGGCAUGUAGGAUCAUAUUCAGAGAGGAGGCAAUUGGAAGAAGGACAGUGAAGUUGACGGAGGAGCAGGGGGAAGGUAUGGUCACCCAGUGCAGCAGCCGAUAACUUCUGCUGGGUCAGAGCAGUCACAAAUUGUCGAGUUUGAAAGAAGCUCUCCAGGAAAAGGUUUUUGGUUUCAACUCACUAAAGGCCAAGAAUUGAAACAGUAGCAAGAAAUUUUGGCAAAAAUCAUACCCACUAAUUAUAUGUAAGAAGAAUGACUACUUUUGGCCUUUUGUUUACUACUUUCCGCCUUAAAUAAUUUGCAAAUUUAAAUAAACACAAAAAUCUCUCUCCUAAUCACAUCGUAAAAAUCCAUAUCACCUCGGCUCCGCAUUGUUACGUAGCAUAUUCAAACUUUUUAAUGACUUCAUUCAGAACCACACUCAAAGUAGUUACUAACCAUAUUAAGUAAUCGAAUUCACAACUCACGAACAUCGUUACUCGUAGGAGAAAAUCGUUGAUACCCCAUACUAGAAAUCAAUUAGAACUUUAGUAAUAAGUAUAUAAAUGAUUACCAACCAAACUAAAAAAAAAAAAAAUCACAACCAGAUUCAUAAACAUUGAUAUUUAGCAACAUUCUAUGUUGCUACUCAUAUUGGAUAACUUCUUGCGCACUUUGUCGAAUAGAGCCGCGGGGCUACCCUGUUCUGAGCUUUCCUGCAUGACGAAUAAGUUGACAUAGAGUCAUAAUAUGUUGACCACAGGUAUAGGUGUCAAUCGGGCGGGUUCGGGUCGGGUCACGGGUUAAUCGGGUUGCGGGUCAAGCGGGUUGUGGGUCAAGCGGAUUGCGGGUCAAGCGGGUUCGGGUUGAUCUGGUUGCGGGCUGAUCGGGUUGCGGGUUGAUCGGAUUGCGGGUUGAUCGGGUUCGGGUUGAUCGGGUUGCGGAUCAAUUGGGUUACGGGUUGAUCGGGUUGCGUAUCAAUCGGGUUCGGGUUGAUCGGAUUGCGGGUUGUUCGGUCCAAACCAUCGAAUUUUUUUUAUAAUUAGUUAUUACACUAAUUUAAAACAAACUCACUGAUCAUCAUAUUGCAAUGAAAAAAAUAUGAAGAUACAUUAUUAAACAAAUGAGUGACUAGAUUUUGCUUGAAUAUAUCAUAAACAAGUUUGAUGUUGCAGAGGAUUCAUUAAGGUUACAAAACCAACAUAAGAAAUUAAAAAACUGACAACUUGCUUGAUCAUAAACCUAUGAAACAAUCUCUUGAGUCUUGAUAGUUGAGAUCAUUACAUGAUGUUUAAUCAAAUAUAAUAGAAUCACUACAAGAAAAAGAUCCUUUAGUCACUGGAAAUCCCAUAUUUGUAAGUGUGUUUCCCGUAAAUAUGCGUGAAAUCAUAUUAAUAUUGGCGUGAAUGGCGAUCCAUUUGCGUAAGUCAGAUUGUUUUGGCGUGAAUCACAUAGUGUUGACGUGAAUGAGAAUGUGUUUACGUGAAUCACAUAAUGUUGGCGUGAAUCAGAUGGGUAUUGGCGUGAAUCAUAUGGUUUUGGCGUUUUCAGAGAUGAAUGUGCGUGAAUUAGAUGUGUAUUGGCUUGACUUAUAGUUUUGGCAUGUCCCUACAUGAAUAUGCGUGAAUCAGAUUAAUAUUGGCGUGAAUGGCGAUCCAUUUGCGUGAGUUAGAUUGUUUUGGCAUGAAUCACAUAGUUUUGACGUGAAUGAGAAUGUGUUUGCGUGAAUCACAUAGUGCUGGCGUGUAUCAGAUGGGUAUUGGCGUGAAUCAUAUGGUUUUGGCGUUUUCAUAGAUGAAUGUGCGUGAAUCAUAUAAUGUUGGCGUGAAAUAGAUAGUGUUGACGUGACCGGAUAAUUUUUUGAAAUGUAUAUACUAAUAUUUAAAAGUUAUUACGCUAUUGAAUUGAUAUAAAACUAUAGAGUAACU